CAGACAUGGGUAAAUUUAAGAAGUUUCGGCUUAUUAUUCGGUGGAAUGGUCGGGUGACAAACUCGAACAUUGGGAUCGACUAUGAAAAUGGCGAAUCCACUAUGCUAAAAAUUGAGUCGAGAUUCUCGUGGCAAGAACUCCAUGACAUUUGUGCAGAAAGGACUUGUACGGGCGGGCAAAGGAGAGUUGGUCAAAUUGCUUACCGCUAUCCAAACAUGAGUGUUGGCGGAAUCAUGUACGAAAAAGUUGUCAUAAAUGAUAAUGACUCGGUGAACAUGAUGAUACAGUUCCUAUCUGACAACAGGGUGCGGCUUGCAGAGGAGUAUGUCGAGACCGAGGCGGUCGGUGAAACUCAUUCUCGCCAGUAUUCUUGUGAUGAUGGUUUUGCAGGAGGGUAUGGCUGGGGUGGUAGUUCAAGUAACUACGGAGGAGGUACUUCUGCAGGAGGGUAUGGCUGGGGUGGUACUUCAAGCAACUACGGAGGAGGUAGUUAUGAAGGAGGUGUUGGGUGGGAAGAAUACCCGCAACAUGCUGAGACUGCCGUCAAUAUCGUUCAGCCUGACGGUGAUCAAUGGCCUGCUUGGGGUCCAGAGUGGGCUGACAUUGAGAACACCCUUCGAUCUGGGCGUACUUCGCAUGACCAAGAAGACGAUGUUGGUUAUGCUGGUAACGAUGACCAUCCUGAGUCGAGUUAUCCAUUCGCCUCUAGUGACGAUGAAAGUGAGGAAGAUUUGAGAUCAGUCAGUGAGGAGGAAGAUACGGACGAUAUCGAUGACAGAGAGGUGGCGUUCCGUCCAUUUUUUGCCGAAAAGCUAGCGAGAGUAUCGACAAAACAAAAACUCUAGUAAUUCUUUCUGAUGCGGAAGAUCGGACUUAGCCGCAACCACAGAGCAUACUUAGAACGAAACUAGAGUGAAAUAAUGGAAGGAGAAAGAAGUAUAAAAUGGUGGUGUGGUUUGGAAUGAAGGGGGGGAGGGGUAUUUAUAGUGUUUGGGCGCUGGAAAAAUCUUGUGCAUUAAUCACCGCGUCAAACAAACACAGUGAAUUCAC